GAGCAAAGUGCUGUAGAGGAAACCUUGCUUCCUCCCCUGUUUCUCCUUCCCCCUAGCUAUCCUGGAAGUCCGUGGAGUGACUGGGACAACUGACUCUGGAAUAAGUGAAGAAUAAGCGGGAAAACUGAUGUUAUGAGUAAUGAAACAAGAUAGUAGAUUUUAUGCUUUGCAGGACAAUAGUGUUUGUUAUGCUUUGAUUAUAUUUGAAUGAACUAGAAAAGGAGAUGACUAACCAUGUAUGGAGCUGUGUAUAGGCAAUGUAUAGGCAGCUCCAACACUACUAUUUAAUUAGUUUAAUGCACAUAACUUUUCUUAAUUUCCCCCUUUUUAGAGUCCUCUGAACAGCAUUUUUUUUAUAUCAUCUCUGAGCCACUCUUCGUAAUGUUCCACCUGAUAUCAGUAAAAUUGACCCUCCUGAUUUGUGUUCUUUCAGGGUUUAUCCAUUGUCUUUUACUUACAUUCUGUUAAAUACAAAUUUCUGAUUGUAUGAUCUUCUAGCCCUGUACUGAGACAGUGUCUCAUGUUGUCCAGAUUGGCCUCAUACCCACUAUGUAGCUGAGGAUUACCAACUUUGAACUUCUGAUCUUUUUGCCUCUACUUCCUGAGUGCUGGGACUAUUUACUUGUGCAACCAUGCCUGGUUAAUGCUGGUGAUGAUGAUCAAACCUACAGUCCCGGUCCUUAAUAAUCUUUCAAUUAUAAGGUGUUAGCUGUAUUAAAACUGAAUUGUAAUUUAUUUUUACCAUUAAGUUCCCUCUCCCUCAUUAUAUUGCUGUGACAUUUUCUAACCCCACCCCCUCCAUAGCUUUGGAACCUGUCCUGGAACUCACUCUGUAGACCAGCCAGACUUAAUGCACAGAGAUCUGCCUGCCUCGGUUGGGACUAAAGUCAAGUUUUUAGAAGUUAUCAAACCUUUCUGUGCAGUUCUACCAGAAAUUCAGAAGCCUGAAAGAAAAAUUCAGUUUAGAGAGAAAGUACUAUGGACUGCUAUAACACUCUUCAUUUUCUUAGUGUGCUGUCAGAUUCCACUGUUUGGGAUCAUGUCAUCGGAUUCUGCAGAUCCCUUCUACUGGAUGAGAGUUAUUCUUGCAUCCAACAGAGGAACAUUGAUGGAAUUGGGUAUUUCCCCAAUUGUAACAUCUGGUUUGAUUAUGCAGUUAUUAGCUGGAGCCAAAAUCAUUGAAGUUGGUGAUACACCCAAAGAUAGAGCUCUGUUCAAUGGAGCCCAGAAACUAUUUGGUAUGAUCAUUACCAUUGGGCAAGCCAUUGUGUAUGUCAUGACGGGGAUGUACGGGGACCCUGCGGAAAUGGGUGCUGGGAUCUGUCUCCUUAUCAUUAUACAGUUGUUUGUUGCUGGUUUGAUUGUGCUGCUGUUAGAUGAGCUGCUACAGAAGGGUUACGGCUUGGGGUCUGGUAUUUCCCUCUUUAUUGCCACCAACAUCUGUGAGACCAUUGUCUGGAAGGCCUUUAGUCCCACUACCAUUAACACUGGCAGAGGUACGGAGUUUGAGGGUGCAGUCAUAGCUUUGUUUCAUUUGUUGGCCACCAGGACAGACAAAGUCCGAGCCUUGAGGGAGGCCUUCUAUCGGCAGAACCUCCCCAAUCUUAUGAACCUCAUUGCCACAGUUUUUGUGUUUGCUGUUGUCAUAUAUUUUCAGGGGUUUCGUGUUGACUUGCCCAUUAAGUCGGCCCGGUAUCGGGGACAGUACAGUAGCUAUCCCAUCAAGCUCUUCUACACAUCGAAUAUUCCCAUAAUUCUCCAGUCUGCCCUAGUUUCAAACUUGUAUGUCAUUUCCCAGAUGCUGUCUGUUCGAUUUAGUGGCAACUUCUUAGUAAACUUACUAGGACAGUGGGCUGAUGUCAGUGGUGGAGGACCUGCUCGUUCCUACCCUGUUGGAGGCCUUUGUUACUAUCUGUCUCCUCCUGAGUCCAUGGGUGCCAUAUUUGAGGAUCCUGUCCAUGUAGUUGUAUAUAUCAUUUUCAUGUUGGGAUCAUGUGCAUUCUUUUCUAAGACAUGGAUAGAAGUCUCUGGUUCCUCAGCCAAAGAUGUGGCUAAGCAGCUUAAAGAGCAGCAGAUGGUGAUGAGAGGCCACAGAGACACCUCCAUGGUCCACGAACUGAACAGGUACAUCCCUACAGCAGCUGCCUUUGGGGGUUUGUGCAUUGGUGCCCUGUCAGUGUUAGCAGACUUCCUUGGGGCCAUUGGCUCUGGCACUGGGAUCCUGCUUGCGGUUACUAUUAUUUAUCAGUAUUUUGAAAUAUUUGUUAAGGAACAGGCUGAAGUUGGAGGGGUGGGUGCUUUGUUUUUCUAAAUGUUCAUAUAUUUCUUUGCGUGUGUGAAAGGGAAAAUAUUUUGACAUACUGUCUCUGUCAAAUAAUGCUGGUUCCCUUUCCUCCCCCCAGUUUGUUGUUUUCAGUGCUAAUUGUCCCAUUUCUGAAAUGGGCGUCGAGCUAAGUCUGUGUGCAGCAUUAGUACCAGCUGCCUUAAAACUGAAGUUUACAUUAUUUGUUGACACUGUCCAUCUAGUGUUGCCCAUGACGCUGGGAAGCAGUGUAUCUAUCUGCCUAGCUGUUGAUCAGACAGCAAGACAGUGACAUGGAUUAGCUUUGCACACAACAUUCAGAACUCUGAAUAUUCCCUUGUUUAAAAAUAAACGUAGUGCAAAUUGCCACUAUCCAGUAUUUUUGAGCUUCCCUAUUGAGUUAUGGAACAUUUAUAUCUAAUGUAUAUUUUAGAUAAUUUUUAUACUUUUUUAACUCAUCGUAUCCAUGUUCUCUACCCUCCCUCACCAGCCCCAAUCCAUCUUUAUUUGUCCCAUCUCCAAACUGCCACUCAGCCUGGAUGGGCAAAAAUCAAGCAUUGAAGUUAUAUCUGUCACUGGAAACAAUUGCUUCUAAUUCCUCUUUUGCUUUUCAUUUGUCCUCUUCCAGUGACAGCUAUGAGCGCUGUCCAACUGUACUGGCUAUGCCUUCUACUUCCAAUAGUCACUCAAUAUGAUGCCCCAUUAGUACCUUUUCUCCCUUCCCCAAGUCCCUAAAGCAAGAUCCUGUUUUCAAGCAGUGUCUGUAAUUGAGUGGAUAAUGAAUAAUUCAGACUAGGACUCUGUUAUAUGCAUAGCAGGACCCAAAUAUAAACAGUAGACAAUAAACUUUUAUUUAAUAAAACUGUCGCAGUUGUGUUGGAAAAAUAAAGAGAUAUAUUAAAUGUUCUCUAAAAUUA